CGGGGGUUCAAUGCAUGUCGCCUCGGCCCAUAUAAGGGCCGCCCUCCAAGGACACGGUGCCCACCGGUCACGGCGUCUUCUCUCCGCAAAUCCUCGUAUACGUGCGCUAAAUUCAGCGAGCGUAGACAUGUUAGACCGGCUUUUGCGGAGAUUCAUCUAUUGGAGGCCGUGUCUCGAACGAUGUUUGUCCUCCCUGGAGCUAAAUGUCGGGAGCGGGGGAGAAGCGCCCGAAGUUUGUCACCCCCGAACUCUCUGUGCACAGAUGCAAAGCCUGAGCGUCUGGCACAAGAAACUGGCAUUGUUUGGCACAUGCCAAUCAGCGGCAUCAUAGCGAGCCGCGGCCCCCGACCCGCGUGGCACACUGGGUAACCCCAUUUGCACUGCAGAAAACCCAAGCGAUCACGUGGUCUGGUUCAAAUGAUGAUCCUGCCGAACAGUUCGGUAGAUGGAGGAAUCAUCGAGGAAUGUCGUUUGAUUGUUACGUAGUCCCUCCGAGUCCUACUCAAUCGGUGCCCGAUGUCUUUCAAGGACUCCACGUGUCAGCGAAAUCGAGGCAUCGAAAUCGGCACCGUUUUGGGCACUCAGAGAAGAAUCUUUUCAGGAAACGAAGCCUGUCGCUCGCAGAUGGUUUGAACGGGAAAGAAUCAGGUCCCUGCCAUCGAGGGAGCCGUUACGCGCCUAAAAAGGAGCGUGACGGGCUUCUUGCUCGCCAAAACGAUCAGCAAACCGCACGUUUUGUUAUGUCAGCAAGUGCUUCCCCACUAUGCGAACGUUGGUCCACAAUGAGAGCUUUGCCCAACGCCGUGUGGGAAGCAGGUGGUGAGCGCUUGGGAGUGCAUGUAUCGGCUGGAACAGAAAUAGGCUUGAAUGCACGAUCUGAGCUGGAUUUUCCCACUCCCUCAUGUACAUACGAUGGGGCCGGGAGAUGUUGGUGGCACCAGAUAGCGUGUCGAAUCCGGUCCCUUGACGACUGGAGAGGUUACCAGUCCGGACAGGGGACACACAGAACGCAUUGGGCUCGACUCCAAGGCGGAGUUCGUCGGGUAUGGGUCUGGAUUCUUUCGGAGAGGGUCUCGGAACCAGCGAAGCACGGACGUCGCACGAACCUCGCUCGUUGGUCCAGUCAGUGUCCCGGCGUCGGGGAACGUGCAUCAAAUGUGUCGCGUUAUACAGACAACUCGACACGCAGAAUGUUUCCAGUGGCGACCUCUCCUACGAUUCUAAAUCUACACCAUUUCUGCAAGUUAGGAGGCGGGGGUCGGCGGUCUUGGCUCUUGAGGACCAUAGCACAGAAGAAGCACGAAGGAUCCGCGGUGAAUUAAUCGGCGAAUUCGCUAGCGACGGGCGGGGAUCACUUGUUUCGUCCCGCUAAAAGUGUUCAAACGGCAGUGGCUUCCCAAAGAAAUCAAGCGUAAAUACGGGAGCUGUGCAGGGAUCUUUGAGACUGGUCAUGACCAUGAGUGGGAGUUUAUGGGAGUGGUUCCCACGGACGGUACGAAUCAAUACGUUUGUUCUGCUCGGAACUUUUCCGACAUGUGUCCGUCAAAGACGUCUUUGAACGACAAAGCUGUUUUUGGUACAAUCUUCUCUGAUGAACUGGGCAGGACAUGAGUCACUUUGGUCUGUUCAAUCGGCAGCGUGGAUGAGGCGAGGCUGGGCACAUUGCAUCGGGAUAACGCUGCGGAACAGUAGAAGAUGUAUGCCGAGGCAAGAGACCGUUGGUUACAAUUGAAACCGAUUCAUA